ACUUUUAUUAGGUUUUGGUUCAUUUUGAACUCUUAUUUCAGUAAAUAAAUUUGUUUACAUUUUGGAAUUUUAAAAAUUUAAAUUAUUAAAACAAAAUAUAACCAGAAUUAUUAUGUUGAAGUUAUUAAAGUAUGAACAAGAAAGUUCACUCAUGGUCAUCGAAGAACCUCCGCUCUAUAUUCGAGGUAUGUCUAAGGUUUAUGUUAUGUGUUAAUUGCAAGGUAUGAGACUUGAAUCUCGCGUAGGGAAAUAAGGUAUUUAUUAACGAGAUUUAUAUGAAACUAAGCUUUCUAUUGUCAAUAAUUAAUUUUUGGGGCAUGAUUCUCCAGAAGUUCAUAUCAAUUGGUAUCAAAGUCAACCAUUAUGCUUCUCAAUUGCAAUCGUGCGGCUCGAGUGAUAAUGUCGACAUUGCAAUGUUCGCUCGGGGCUAGAUUAAGCUAGCACAAAGCCAACUUGCAUGGACAUCAGGAUCUAAUUUUCUUGGUAGCAGAUAAAAGGGUAUAAUCUUGCUGUUUCUUUAAGCUUGUCCUUUUUCUAAAAAAAAUAAUUGACUUCAUAUUUAAAUUGAAUUGAUUAAGUUUUCAAAUAGAGUAAAGAAGGGUGAUCAAGUACGUGAUGGUGGUGUUGAUUUAUGUGGCUAAACGAAACGCGUUCACUUGUUGAAUUAAGGUGUCCCCAUCACCGCAUCUUCAUUUCGCCCUUAUUCAGACGCCAUUGAUUCAAAGUCUAAAGUCUUGUGUUUUCUCUUUUCCACCUUCACGUUCUUCUAGAUUCUCUCAUUUCUCUCCCUUCUCUACUCUAUUCAAUACCCUCUGUUAAACAUCCCUCUCCCCCUUCCUUUCCUUCCUCUUUCUCUCCUUUUAUCUUGGCUUUUCAUUUAUAACUUACCAAGUUUUUGCUUUUGUUUUUCUUCCAGUGUUUGAUUACUUGGAAUCUGAAGAAUUUGAUAACCCCUUUUUGAAGAUAAAAAAUGGAAAAUGAAGAUCAGAUCAACCAGGCCAUGGACCCCAAAUACGAAUGUCUUUUAUUUGAUCUAGAUGACACUCUUUAUCCUCUGACUUCUGGUAUAUCAAGUGAAGUUACCAAGAACAUUCAAGAAUAUAUGAUUAAGAAGCUUGGAAUCAAGGACAAUGUUCCUGAAUUAUGUGUUUCACUGUAUAAGCAUUAUGGCACAACAAUGGCUGGUUUAAAGGCUAUUGGUUAUAACUUUGAGUAUGAUGAUUUUCAUAGUUUCGUUCAUGGGAGACUGCCCUAUGCAAUGCUAAAACCUGACCCUGUUUUAAGGAAUCUCUUGCUUAGCAUACCAAUUCGGAAAAUAAUUUUCACCAAUGCAGAUAAGAACCAUGCUGCCAGGGUGCUCAACAGGUUGGGAUUGGAGGACUGCUUCGAAGGGAUUAUAUGUUUCGAGACUCUGAAUCCCAUAAACAAAGAAAACCCUUCAGCUGCUGAUGAUAUCAAACCAGACACUGCCAUUGUUGACAUCAAUGGAUACUGCAGUGCUGUUCUUGAUUCUGAGCUUAAGCUUCCAAGUACUCCUGUUGUCUGCAAACCAUUCGAGAACGCAUUCGAACAAGUUUUUAAGAUCGCCAAAAUCAACCCUCAGAAAACGUUGUUUUUUGAUGACAGCAUCCGCAAUCUACAAACUGGUAAAAAGAUGGGCCUUCACGCUGUGUGGGUGGGAACUUCUCACUGGACCGACGGUGUGGAUUAUGCCUUAGAGAGCAUCCACAAUAUCCGGGAAGCAUUGCCUGAGCUCUGGGAAGCUGCAGAUGAGAAGACCAAAAACAUUCGGUAUUCCGGCAAGAUCUCCAUUGAGACAACUGUUAGAGCUUAGCUCUUUUAGAUCAUAUAUAUUCACUAGUCUUUCACAAUCACCGUUCUAUUUUGUAACCAUGUAAGACAAUGAAUCUAAAAAAACGUAAUAAUAAAAUAAUAUUGCUCCCA